AUGGCAUCUACACCUACGAUCACAACCAAAGUCCAGACAAAGGACUUGUCUGGGUUAUCUCUUAUAGCUGCCCACUCCCACAUUUCGGGUCUAGGCUUGGACGAGAACUUGAAGCCAAAAGAAUCAGCUGAAGGGAUGGUUGGACAAUUGAAAGCCAGAAAGGCGGCUGGCGUGAUUUUAAAGAUGAUUCAGGCUGGUAAGAUUGCUGGCCGUGCUGUGCUUAUUGCCGGGCCUCCAUCUACUGGUAAGACUGCCAUUGCUAUGGGUUUGUCGCAGAGCUUAGGUACAGAUGUUCCAUUUACAGCAAUAGCCGGUUCUGAAGUCUUUUCUUUAGAAUUAUCCAAGACUGAAUCAUUGAUACAAGCUUUCCGUAAAUCUAUUGGUAUCAAGAUCAAAGAAGAAACAGAAAUAAUCGAAGGUGAAGUCGUCGAGAUCCAAAUCGACAGAUCAAUUACCGGCGGUCACAAGCAGGGAAAGUUGACCAUUAAGACGGCUGAUAUGGAGACAAUUUAUGAGUUGGGUAACAAGAUGAUUGAAGGCUUAACUAAGGAAAAGGUAUUGGCUGGAGAUGUUAUUUCCAUCGACAAAGCUAGUGGUAAAAUCACCAAGUUAGGUAAAUCAUUCACCAGGGCCAGAGACUACGAUGCUAUGGGUCCAGAAACCAAGUUUGUCCAAUGUCCCGAAGGUGAGUUGCAGAAGAGAAAAGAAGUUGUCCAUACUGUUUCGUUGCACGAGAUAGACGUUAUAAAUUCUAGACAACAGGGGUUCCUUGCCUUGUUCUCGGGUGACACUGGUGAGAUCCGCUCUGAGGUUCGUGACCAAAUCAACACCAAAGUCGCCGAAUGGAAGGAAGAAGGUAAGGCCGAGAUCGUGCCUGGUGUCUUAUUCAUUGAUGAGGUUCACAUGUUGGAUAUUGAGUGCUUUUCAUUCAUCAAUAGAGCAUUGGAGGACGACUUUGCACCCAUUGUUAUCAUGGCCACUAACCGAGGAAUCACCAGGACUCGUGGUACUAACUACAAGUCCCCUCAUGGCUUACCUGUAGAUUUGUUGGACAGAUCUAUCAUCAUCCACACUUCAUCAUACAGUGCCGACGAGAUCAGAACCAUUCUUUCCAUAAGAGCCAACGAAGAAGAAGUAGAAUUGACCCCUGAUGCUUUGGCAUUGUUGACCAAGAUUGGUCAAGAAACAAGCUUGAGAUACGCCUCUAACUUGAUUUCAGUUUCCCAACAGAUUGCAUUGAAGAGAAGAAGCACUUCUGUUGAGCUUCCAGAUAUCAAGAGAGCAUACAUGUUGUUUUUGGAUGCUGACAGAUCGGUACAAUACUUGGAAGAGUUCCCAAACCAAUUCAUCGACAAUUCUGGUAAUGUUACAAUUGGCCAGAAGGAUGAGUCUUCGGCCAAUGGCAACGGCGCUACUCCUAUUGUUGUAGAUGAAGACAAGAUGGAGACCGAUUAG